CUGCAGGGUGGUGUGACUAUUGAGGAUAGAACUGUUGGCACUGGGCCAGUGUGCAAGAAGGGACAAAAGGUUGGUGUCAGAUACAUCGGAAAAUUGAAGAACGGAAAAGUUUUCGACAAAAACACCUCUGGCAAACCAUUUGUUUUUGCUCUGGGCAAAGGUGAAGUUAUCAAAGGUUGGGACCUCGGUGUUGCUGGUAUGGCAGUUGGCGGUGAAAGAAGAAUUGUGAUUCCUCCAGCCAUGGCUUAUGGGUCUAAAAAGCUUCCUGGUAUUCCAGCAAAUUCCGAGCUGACCUUUGACGUCAAGCUCCUGAGCAUCAAAUAG